UCCGCCGCCCGUCGGCCGUCACGUGCCGGAGCGUCCCGGGCGCCUGGCUGUGGGCGGCGGGGCAUGGACCCUCGGGCGGCCAGCGGGCAGGGGUCUGGCGAGCCAAGUGCGCGGGAGGUCCCCAGCGCGGAGGCUGGCUUUGCCGCAGCUGACCUCUCCGGUCAGGAGACGGAGACUGAGAUGGCCAUGGACCGACUAGCCAGUGGCGCCCAGAGCAUCUCUAGUGACAUUCCUACCCGUGAGGAGGGCCCAGGUUUGGAAGAGGAAGACUUUGCUGUGGAGGAAAAAGAAGCCGAUGGGGAACUAUAUGGCUGGGAGCUGUCAGAAGGACCACCCAUGGAGCAGGCUGCCGAUCUUUUUAGCGAGGACUGGGACUUGGAGCUGAAAGCAGACCAAGGGAAUCCUUACGAUGCCGAUGACAUCCAGGGGAGCAUUUCUCAAGAGAUUAAACCCUGGGUGUGCUGUGCCCCACAAGGAGACAUGAUGUAUGACCGUUGGCACCAUCCACCUCCACUGAUACCACAUUAUUCUAAGAUGGUCUUUGAAACAGGACAGUUUGAUGAUGCUGAGGACUAAAGGUGUCACUUUCUGCCUUGUGGGAGCUCUCGUGUUCUCCAGAUCAAGGGUUGUUGCCUGUGUUUUCAGUGAAAUGUCCUAUCCCAGGCAAUGUUCCCGUGGCCUUCAGUAUGGGCCACAGACAGGCUAACUGGGUCCUGCUGCUGCCCCGUUUUGUUGUCACUGCUGUUGUUGCUGUUGUUAGUGGACUCUUUGUCUGUCAGAGUUGUGUUCUUUAUAAUAAAGAAGGGA